UUCUUCCUCAGAGUUUCACUCUGCUUCACCUGCAGCAGAGUGCUUAGUUAUCCACUGCCUGAUGUUUGGCAUCUCCACAUCAAGGUGGGCAUCAGGGCUACGCUUGGUGGAUCUGUGAGGUGGCAGGUGGAGGGAUCCUAACAAGAGGACUUUCAACCGUAAACUGAUAUUUCCAUUUAAUAGUGAGCUGUUAUGACUUUUACCCAUCGGGCUCCUUGGUUUGCUCUCUGUGCUUUUGUGAUCGGCCCUCGUUUUCCUGGUUCCUGGUGACUGGAAGCAGAGAGAUGCUGGGGUGAGUCUGAACCCGACGCUGGCCGAGUCCUACCUGCAGUGUUGUGGGACCGUUGAAGGAGAACAGGGCAGCAUGCCCACUCUGCCCAACAUCAACAGCCUGGGCCGGCUGUGCAGCUCCAGCCGCAGCCACGGCGUCAGCCGCGCCCACAGCGUCAACCGCGUCCGCGUCAAGCGCAAGAGCUCCGUCAAGCGUAUGUCCAUCAUCGAGGAUGGGCACGUGGCCGAGGUCCUGUACCUCAUCCCCAAGCAGUACAUGGAGAUGCUGCCAUUCCUCAACCCCAAUGACUAUUACCUGAGUGAGAGGCUGAAUGAUGUCGCCACAGUGGCUCAUGCGCAGGACACCCAGCACCACUCUGCAGAGAAGCCCCUGAUCCAGUGCUACAAGUGUGGGGAGCCAUGCAAGGGCGAGGUGCUCCGCGUGCAGAACAAGCACUUCCACCUUAAGUGCUUCACCUGCAAAGUGUGCGGCUGCGACCUCGCCCAGGGGGGGUUCUUCAUGAAGAAUGGAGAGUAUCUGUGCACGCUGGACUACCAACGCAUGCACGGCACCCGCUGCAAUGGCUGUGGGGAUUUCGUGGAGGGAGAGGUGGUCACGGCCCUGGGGAAGACCUACCACCCCGCAUGCUUCGUUUGCACCAUCUGCAAACGACCGUUCCCUGCCGGGGACAGGGUGACCUUUAACGGGAAGGACUGUCUGUGCCAGUACUGUGUCGAACCCAUGUCUCCGGGACCAAAGGACAUCCUGGGCUCCAGCAAUUGUGCAGGAUGUGGCCGGGACAUUAAAAACGGACAGGCUCUCCUUGCACUGGACAAGCAGUGGCAUCUGGGAUGCUUUAAGUGCAAAGCUUGCAACAAAGUGCUGACCGGGGAGUACAUCAGCAAGGAUGGCGCCCCCUACUGUGAGAAGGACUACCAGAUCCAUUUCGGUGUUCAGUGUGAGGCGUGUCAUCAGUUCAUCACAGGGAAGGUGUUAGAGGCAGGUGAUAAGCACUACCACCCCAGCUGUGCGAGAUGCAGCAGGUGCAAUCAGAUGUUCACAGAAGGAGAAGAGAUGUAUCUGCAAGGGUCAACAGUUUGGCAUCCGAGCUGCAAGAACACCACCAGAACAGAGGAGAGACACAGGGAGCGGCUAUUGCCUCCGUCCCUCUUAUUGCUCCAAAAUACAGAAAGGCAGCCUACGAGGUCGUCAUCCGAGAGUAUUUGUUCCAGACCUGGUUCAAGCAUACCUGGCUCACCGGGCCACACGAUUUAUGCAAAAGUAGACAAUGAGAUCCUUGAUUACCGAGACCUAGCUGCCAUCCCAAAAGUCAAAGCCAUUUAUGACAUUGAACGCCCCGAUCUUAUUACCUAUGAACCUAUGUACACAACCUCCCUGGAUGAGAAAGAGGAGAGACGGGAGAGUGUGGGAGAGCUCCACACUGCCAGGAGGGACCGCUCCCCCAUGCCUGAUGACAAGUCCUCCAGAAACAUGUCCCCGGUCCCUGGAGAGGGUUGUUAUGAGCGGAGGGACCGGAUCCUUCAGAGGUCCACCAGCCAGGGAUCCAUCGGAUCACCUGUUUAUAAUCGCCAUGGUUACACCCCCACCUUGUCACGGUCACCGCAGCAUUUUCACAGACCAGAGGCUCUGACAGGCAUGCAGAAGCUCUGCUCCUCCCUGUGCAGUAACAGUGUGGGCUCCAGAAAUAGUGACUCCCGCCCCACAUCCCCUUUCAGACACCACUUCCUCCCCCAUAGCCAAGGCACCGACCCGCUGAGCGGCCGGAGCUCCCCCCUCCCGCUCAGGCCCGACAGCCGGCCCGUUACCCCGCCUCUCUCCCAGACCCCUAAACAUUUUCACCUCCCAGAUCAGGGCAGCAACAUCUACAGAAAGCCACCCAUCUACAGACAACAUGAUACAGCUGCCAUAGCCCAUCAAAGCAAGUCUGCUGAUGAGAUCAUCAGAUCUGCCACCUUCCCCGCUGCCCAUGCUCCCCCUCCGGACGACAGCUCAUGGAGUGAGGGUGACUAUUGGCCCCACUCGCUCGCUUUAUUAGGUCCAGAGGGGAGGAGGCGGUCAAGAGAAGAAGAGGAGGAAGAGGCUUUGAAACGAAAGCAGCUCCAGGAAGAACAUCUGAACAAGAUCCAGUCAGGUUUGGGGAAGCUCAUCCUGAAGGAGGAGAUGGAAAAAGAGAAGAUCAGGGAACGGCACGCACGCAGCCUCUCCGCUCAGCGCUACGACUCAAAACAGAACAGCUGCGACGCAGAUCCAACAUCUCCAACUAAAACGAACUCUCUGCCGGGUUAUGGGAGGAACGGGCUGCACCGGCCUCAGUCGACAGAUUUCACCCAGUACAACAGCUAUGGUGACAUGUGUGGAGGAGGCAGAGAGUUUCAGCACAUUAAGGAUGGCCGUGCAGCACUUGCAAGGAUGGACAGGGGAGUAUCUAUGCCUAAUAUGUUGGAACCAAAAGUGUAUCCCUAUGACAUGCUCAUGAUAACCAGUAGAGGGAGAGCUAAACUACCCAGGGAUGUGGACAGAACCAGACUGGAGCGCCACUUAGCACCCGAAACGUUCUUUGACAUCUUUGGAAUGGAGAUCCAGGAGUUUGACAGGCUUCCCCUGUGGAAACGCAACGACAUGAAAAAGAGGGCGAAGCUCUUCUAGCUCUUAGAGCAGCAUGCAUUCUUCUGUACAUUGAUUCAGAUAGCACACAACAACUGUAAUCUAGACGUAGAAUCUGGUUUAUUUCCCUUUUUUUUCCCUGUUUUCUUUCUGUUUCAUCCUGACAUAACUGCGGAGGUGAAAUGGACUGUUUGCUCUGACGCUUCCUGAGAUGAUGAACUGAAAGACUUGUCCAGUUAGACUUGCACCACAAACACAGAAUGGGAACCUCUUCCGUGUUCAAAAAUGACAAAGAAUGAAUGAUGAUUAGAUUUGAGUUAUUUGAUUUGACUGCGCUUGUUUUACCUCCCGCUUUGUUGUGAGUGGAACUGCUUUCCUUACUUUCUUGCUUGUUUCUUCCGACUUAUUUGUUGCUGAUGUUUCCUGUGUGAACUCUGUAAUUACCGUGGGAUCUCAUGGCGCCGUUACCAAAUGCCCAUGCUUGUAGCUUGGAUGUGUGUCAGCUCUCCUUCGCUUGGGCUAAAACAGGUGUAGCCCAAACUUUUCAAGAAUCGGCUCAGUGAGUCUUUGAAUAAAAAAAAAAUUAAAAAAAAAAAGAAAAAUCUCUGGGACAGCAGUCAAAUAACCCGCCAACUAGUUUACUGGAUGUACAAGGAAACGAACCAUCCAACCACUGAUGCCUCACCGGUCUAUUUCCCAUGGCUUUAGUGCACACAAAACUUUAAUCUGUCCAGACUAAAAAUGUCUCUCUUCUCAGGCUCUCCCAACACGGUUAGAUGCUUUUCUUUUCUUCUUUUUUUUCUCCUUAUAUAUUGGAAGGGAAAAUAUGAAUAUAUUUUAUUCCGUACCCACCCUAAAAUAACCGACAAAAAGAUUUUAAACCCCCUAGUAUAAGAAAGAACUGUGUUUGAAAGUAUUGUUUUAUAAAUGAAAACCCACACUGCCAUUUUGUUGUAUUGAAAUCUAAAGCCAAUAAAGCUUUAAAUCAUCAUGAACCAUA